AAUGGAGGGCACUGCGUUUGCUCCUUCUCUGGAGGGAAUGAAGCAUAUCAAAACUGGCCAAGGAGAACUGUUGACGAAGCCUUUCUUGGAUGUUUGUAAACACAUACUGCCUAUUCUAGAUAAAUUUGGGGCUGCUAUGACUGUGGUGAAAUCUGAUAUAGGUGGUAAUAUAUCGAGGUUGGAAUCUAGAUAUUCAUCCAAUACAUCCAGAUUCAACUAUUUGUUCGGUUUUGUACAAGCAGAAGUUGAAACAAAAUCAGCAAAAUCAUCAUCGAGUUGUACGAAUGGUCUUCUUUGGUUGACAAGAGCAAUGGAUUUUUUGGUGGAGCUAUUCCAAAACCUGCAUGACCAUCAAGACUGGACAUUGGCGCAAGCUUGUACUGAUUCCUACGGCAAGACUUUGAAGAAAUGGCAUGGCUGGCUUGCUAACUCAAGUUUCUCUGUUGCUAUUAAGCUUGCUCCAGACAGGAAGAAGUUCAUGGAGGUGAUUGGUGGUGGCAAAGGGGAUAUCCAGGCUGACAUGGAACAAUUCUGCUCGACCUUUUCGCCAAUUCUUCAAGAGAUCCACAAGUUUCUGGCUAGAAUGGGCUUGGAUAACAUGAAAGCUUCAUGAAGCCAGACAUUCCCAAAGAGUAGCUCUUGCUUUUGUUAAGCCUUCAGAUCCCCAGUUAACUUUAUCAUUCUUUCUUGUUACUAAUUAAAUACAGCUCUGUGG